AGUUACAUUCCUGAAGCUGGCGAUAAAACUAGAGUGUUGUGUCCGAAUUCCAAAUCGUUCCAUAGCGGAGUUUACGUGAGGAAUCGAACUCGUGCAUGGCGAUAUGAUGCCAACUCGUCAGUAGCGUCACUUGCGAAUUGAAAUAGAUAAACGGCGGACGCGCGAUGGCCGACUCGUCCUACGAGAAAGGACUGACCGAAUUGUCGAAGAUGAAGGUGGCUGAUUUAAGAGUUGAAUUAAAGCAACGAGGACUUCCCACUACGGGCAAUAAAAAUGAGUUGGUAGAAAGACUCCAACUAGCAAUCCAUGGAGAUUCUGCAUUGUCGUUGGAUGAAACUACAGAAGAAAUUUUAGAUGAAGAUGAAGUACUUGGUGAUGAAGAAAUAGAAGAAUUAUCGAGUAAGCCGGAUUCACAGGAGAUUCCUGAAAAGCGAAAAUUGUCCAUAGAGAGCAACAAUACUAAUGCAAAAAAGAUAGUGCUGAAUCGCAAACCUGUACUGGAGGAAAUAAAAAAUGACCAAGUAGAAAAGAAAGAAAAUAAAACUGUGAAAGUGCCCGAAAUCACACCACCAGAAAAAAAGAUUAUUAAACUAUCAGAGCUCAGCACAAAAGAGAGAUUAGAAAUGAGGGCUAAGAAGUUUGGAAUGCCGUUAUCCGAGGCAGCAAAAAAGGAGGCUAGAUUAGCUCGUUUUAACAGUAAUCAAAAUAACAAGUCAGCUGCAUCUAUAAAGACACCCGUGCCUACUACAUACGAAGUAUUGAAGAAACGCGCGGAAAGAUUUGGAAGCUCAGUGUCAACCUUAAUGGAAAAAGCUGAAUUGGCUGAACGAUUGGAGAAAAGAAAGGCUAGAUUCGGUGAAGUGAAGCCCGUCGAGAAUAAAAUAUCUAAGAAUAAAAUUAAGAUUGUUAAAUGAUACUCGGUGUUAUAUACUAAAGCGACGAUUUAGAUUACAAUUCUUAAUUUAAGUUUUCUUAUUUUCAAUAAAGCUAUUAUACAUAUA